UCGGAUCGCGUGCCCAACUAACAUUGCUCAGAUGGUGUCCAGGGACAUUUACAAAUUUAGAAUGAAAUAUUGUUUUGUUUUCGUGAUCACAAAGUUUCAGGACUCGUGGAGAAGUGCUUUGUCGCCAUGUGGGGCUUCCUAACCUAGAUAUUCAACCGACCUUAAGCUGACUGGUGAUCAAAUAAUAAGUCGCAACGCUAAAAGAUGUAAGCGCUGGAGAGGUCGCGGAAUUCAUCUGUUCUCUUUCAAAGAGCUCUGGGCAGGUGGAGAAAGCCCAAAUGAGGCCCCUCACAUCCAUUCCAUCCCGCCCCUGAUAGAUUUACUGAAAUUUACUGGAGAUGGCUAAUCGAGGUCGUAAACCUGGAUCGAAUGUUGUUCGCUGAUUUUGUCAAACAUUGCCAGACUGUUUUCUUUGUCCUAUUUUUUUUUUGUUCUUCGUUUUUUAUACAUCAGAGAUCGUUGUUAUUAUUGGGUUGUGGUUUUUUUUUCGGUUUUUGUUAAAAUUCCUGCACCACCUUCAUCAAAUGUGAUACUACUAUAGAGUUGACACGUUACCGAACCAAAAUGAUCAACUUCAAAUAAAGGAAAUCCUUGAACAGAACUUUCCAACCGGGGGAAUCAUCGGUAAUGAUUCGUCCAAUCCUCUUGCCUUACAGAGACACACAAAUAGACGACCAUGGUUGCCACUGCCUCCAUAUCCGUCAGAUUGGACGACAUUCUGAACGACGAGACGGUCAUUGCCAUCAAGAAAGUGCCCGGAGAAGUUCAACCCGUGGGUCGGAUGAGUCAUGAAAUCCGGAAAUUCCGCUCCGAAAUCAGUCACAAAUCCGUGCCCGAGCUCAAAGACCUUCUCCAACGGCAAAACAACAUCCUCAAGAACACCAAGCUCUUGGCCAAACUCCCGGACAAAGGCGCCAAAGUCCGGGACAAGAAGACCGUCAUUGAAGGUUUGAUCGAGGCCAAGACGAAAGAGGUCAAUGACACCGCAGACUUGUUGAAGAACCUCUCCAUAAGUGGAAAAGCAAUCGAUCUGGAGGAGAUUGAAUGGAAAUAUGGCGGAGGUCUAGCCGGAAGCUUGGGAGCCAAACCCAAGAACGUGUUUGCCUUACCCUCCACCUCGUCUGCCUCGGAAACCAAAGUGCUCCAGAUGUUGGCCGAGGGCCCAGUCCCCAAGGCCGAGAAGGCCUCGGACUUGGAUUCGGAAAUGGACCGACAUGCCAUGGCCUUGUCCGCCAAAGGCGAUCACACCCUGGCCAAGCCCAGAUUUAUUCCCUACAAUAGCCUUCAUAAUGAUCAUGUGGCCGACCAGGACGUUCAUUUGAAGAAGCGGUUAACCCCCCGGUUGAAUCCCGGGGAUUUGAUGCCCUUGCCGGACGUGAGCAAUAACAAAGCCCAAAUGGUCUCUCUGGAGGAGAGCUUGAAGAUCCAGCAGAUACAGGGGGAUAAACUCAAGGAAUUGCAAGUGGCGAGGUUCAUCCGAUCUCAUCCGGACUAAGGGACCACCAACACCAACACCACCAUCACUACCCUCCGGAAUUGACACUCAUUCAAAAUGUACCUCAACACAAUAUGUGUUCAAUCCUCUAAAUUACUUACUAAGCCCUUCUCGGUCUUCAAAUACAUUUCUACAAUGCUA